AUGGAGGACAGAAUUAUAAACGGAGUUGUGGACAGACUGUUUAACAGAAUAAACCAAGAGCCUGAGGUCCCAGAGGGUAGCUCAAUGCCAGUUUCAUUACCUAAUGUGAUACAACAAAUAGUUUCCAAUCCAGCACUUCCACAAGUGGAAGGAGAACUUAGAAAUAGAUUCAAUACGCGUAAUCCAUCAACAAGAUCGACACCGAGUGUACCACCAACAGCAACCCCUGCAUUGUUGUACAAUCCCUUGACACCAUACGGGCGUCCAAGGACAUCGAGUGGCAGACGACGAAAGCGAACCGUUCAUAACAUUUUUAAAGAUGAACCGGCCGAAAGAAUUAUAUACAAGGACUUUAUCUUACUUCCAGUAAACACGAAAAACACUCCCAGAGGCAAGGAAAGAAGCAGAUUGGAAACAGAAGGUUUUGUGGUACACGCUGUACCACUAAAAGAAAACCAAACUGAAAAGGAAAUUGAAGAAGUGGUCAACACAAUUUUUGCCGAUAAGUUGGCGUGUACUUCAACGGGGGGAAAGAGGUACUGUAGAAUGCCAAUAUUUUGGUUUUAUUUAAUUAAAAACUGUUUCCUGUUUAUGCAUUUGUUAAAUUUAGCAGUUGCCCAAUACUCCAAUAGUACUUGUAUCUGUACCCCAGGGCUGCAAAUUUGUGGGGUGGGGGGGGGGGGACAGGCAUUCAGCAAUAUCAUCAGUAUAAACUAGAUACCAGAUACCCCUGCAAUGGGGUUCUGUUUUCAUCCGCAUUUGUAUGUUUCUCUGUCAGCACAAGAAUGCAAGAAAUCUCAAACAUUAAUAAGAAAAUUUUUGGGAAGAGUAAACUGAAUGUAUAUAAAUUGCAUGCCCCACUAUAUAAUUUAUGCAUGAGAAAAGUAUGCAGUCUCCAAGUGCCCUCUGGUUUACUUUUGGACUGAUGCUAGCUAAGCCUCCACAAAUUAUCACUUUAUGAAUGAGGAUUUGCCUAAUGAACACAGUAGUUAUUAAAGGCACAGCAUAACCAGCUGAGCAAUGUGAUUUAGUCAGCAAUUUGGUGAAAAGGAGUAGUGAUAAUAUAUUGCUUAAACCAUUGAGUUGCAUUGAGCCCUAUGUUAUUAUUUUACUCUGCCUAAAUGCCAGGCAAUUUAACUUGUCAAAUGCUGUUAAUGUGUUGAUAUGGCUCCGUUAUGCAAUAAAAGUCUGCCAAAUUUACAGUCAAUAUUCAAUUUGGACAACUUUAUUGAAAGAACUUAAAACAUGGUAAAUAUCAAAUUACAUUUUUUUUCGAUGGUGUAAAAGCACAUUGCUCAAAGGGUGUCUGUGUGCCUUUAAAGUUUGUCAAGGGUAACUUGAAAAUAAUUUCAGUAAAUUCGAUUUUUAAAAAUUCUGUAGGGGUCAAAUAAAAAGAAAUUAAGAAUGUGAAAUUUUGCAUCAAAUGAUUCUUGAAUAUUCCCUCUUAAAACAUCAAGGAUUUCAGAUACCACAGCAAUUAAACCACAAAAAACCCCUUUGUAUGGCAUUUUAAAUUUAGCUGGAAAUUUGUGAAGGCUUCAGGAGGCCAAAUAGUUGACCCACAUGUUUUGGACAGUCACAAGUGGAAUUAUGAAGGAUUGAAGCAUAUUUGUGGGCAAGGAGCAGUGUACAUUAAAUCACUGAAUAUAGAUCAGAUUGUUUCAGAUGACGAUAAAGAUGAUGAUGGGGUAAUGUAUGUUCUCUUUAAGGUUACACAAUAUGUUAAAAUGACAGCCUGUGUGCAGUCCCAGACUCUAGCUGGGACUGCAUGUAGGCUAGUUAAAACAUUGAUUUUUAUAGUAUCUGAAACCAAGGCAACUAUCUUCCACGAGUUUAUGUUCUUUCUGGUUUUACUGAAAUUCUCUCAAAAUAUCCUCUCUACACUCCUUGAUGAUUGAUCUAAAAAGGGUAUCUGGGAUUUUUCAUUGCUUCAGGUGUUAUCAAGCUAGAUGUAGUUCUUUCUAGAUCAAUGUUGUUAUGGAAAAUAGUGGCAUGUAACUCACUUAAUAAAAGAAAAUCCCAGACACCCUUUUUUAGCUUUUAAGCUGCUUUAAAAGUAUGUCACAACAUUUUGUGAAAUUUUGAAAGAAAUUGGGUAAAAUGCAUGCUAUCCUUAACCCUUUGAAUGUGUGCAUAUAUCGCAAAAGUAAUUUGGCUUAAAGAUGCUGUAAAACAAAAACUAAGCAUACAGAGGGCGAUUUUCCUAAAACAUGAAUAACCUUAUUGUCGAAGAGGUUUGGAGCAUCAGCACCUCCAUAUGUUUUCCUCUUAUUCAUUUUUUAGGAUGAAGAUAUCAGAAGUUACUUAUAUUCUGAUUGCCAAGACAAUCUACCCCAGAUCAGUGAGUGGACAUACAGUGUACAUUUUUUAACCCAUGAUUUAAUUCAUCAUGGGUAUAUACAUAAUUUUUAACCCAUUCAUUCAUCAUGUGGGUCAGUUAAAUGUUUUCAAGUCUUAGACAAAUACCACUAUGACAUGCCCCAUAUGGAUUCAUAUUGGGCAAUUCCAGAAAACAUGCAGACCUUGCCAUGGAGGAAAUUGGCACUCAUGCCCCCCCCCCCCAACUCUUUUCUGACAUCCCAUUACAUGCAGGGUUUAAAAUAGAUAAUUCGAAUUUAUAUAUAUAUAUUUGUAGGCUGUUUUGUGUGUGUACCUUUUUUGUGCUGAAGAUUUAUUUCAGUAAUAAGCCAAACAUGAAAUGGUUGUAUGCAAAAAAUACUAUCAUGUACAAAAGCUUCAGCAAAAAUAGAAAAUGCAUGCAACAACAGUCUAAGUAAGUUUUUUUAAAUAUCAAAACUCGAAACACUUUUGAAAACUUGUACGAUGAAUAUAAAAGAGCCAUGGACGCUGUUAGUAUGAUUUUCAUCUUGCAGUUACGAUUCCGCAUUGUCCAUGGUUACCAGAAAUGCAUGGCUACCACUGUGCCUUAAUGCAAUCUAUUUAUGUCAAGACAAUUUAAAGUCUGGUAUAAGUUCAUUGUACACAGUAAAUCAAUGGGUUAAUUAAGAAGAAACUCCUUGUUGCUAAUUGAGAAGUAGCCGGCUAGUGCUGUGAAAAUGCCGGUGACAGCCAGCAUCAACUGCUAUUUUAGACCCUACUGAUUAAAUUAUAUUCUUAUCAAACAUAAAUUUUCCACCUCCCCCUCUGGAUGGCAGGAGUUUCCUCUGUUGGGGGAGUAUGGACCUUUUUUGCAAUGUCAGUAACGAUUGGCACGUGUUCGUAACGUACAGGUGGGCAAAAACAGACUUUAAGCUAUGCUUGAAGUUGACAACAGUUUAUGUGACCCCUAUUCAUUUUGUUCAAGGACAUGUGUGCAACCACCUCAGUUUCCACUGGUACCUCUAGCUUAAGCUUGCCAAGUGCAGACAACUGGAGAUCCUCCACAACCACCUCAGUUUCCACUGGUGCCACCUGCUCAAGCUUGUUAAAUGCAGUCAAUUCGAGAUCCUUAACAGCAACCGGCUCACACUUCAUAAGCACAGCCAACUCAAACUUCUUGGGUGCAUCUAGCUCAAGCUAUUCAAGUGAAUGCCUUUGCACUUACCCUGCAGCUGACAAGGUACAUGUACAGUACAGUACAGUACAGUACAGUACAGUACAGUACAGUACAGUACACAACAUAGACUAUAAACCAUACAUAUAUUUAUCUACAAUAAUCUUAUUCAAAUUUAUCUUAGGGCCUGUUUACAUAGAGGUAGGGUAACCUUACAACUAGGGUUAUGUUGUCAAGAUAGGGUAACCCUAUCAGUUGCUUGGUUGCUAAGCCAGCUGUACUUGAAAAUGGCACACAGCAAAAGCGAGGUUUAGCAGCAAUGCGCAAGUUAUGUAAUUUUACGUCUUUGGACCUUCGCUUGCUGCAUUUCAAUGCUGCGGGUACCCCUCUCUGACGCGUUUACAUGGCUUAUGUUAACAAAACGAUACUCAGGCAUGUUAAUGCCUGGGUCUGCCCACGCUUGGAUGAUAUCUUGCGCGCGUGUUGCACGCAGGAUCUGUCAGUAAUGUGUCUGUUAGAAUAUUCGCCCCUUGUGUGAGUAUUUUAGUGAAUUCGGGCGUUUGCUUCAAAUCAAAAUAUAGUAUAUAUGAGCGACAGGAUUAUUUUGGAAUAUACAAUGCAAAGAAGUCGGUAUACUAUUCAGUUUUGAUGUAAUAAUUGGCUCUUUGUAGAGCAAUAAGUAUUGUAUUAUUUGCAACAGCUGACCUUUGAACUGCUGAUAAAUAAAAGCUUCUUAUAGUGCGCUAUCUUGCGAUUAUUCAGUAUUAAUUGUUGACUGUUUCUUAUUUUCAAUGAAAAUAGCUUGUGAAUUACAAAUUAAUAGCACAUAUAGUUCACUCGGUCUUUUCCACCAUGACAUACUUCCCUUCAAGCAUUAACUAUGCUUCAACUGAUAUCGGCUUGAAUGCGCAAUGAAUGUUGUUAUUGGAAAUAUAAUAUCCCUUACAAUAAGCGGCAGACUGUUUCAUUAUGGCGCUGAAAUUCAUCACGCGAAAAAUGCAUUCGACUUGCAGCAGGGUAAUUUGACGAAAUAUUGCUAUGUUUGUUAGCUAAAAACAUUAACAAGGGAACAAAGUUUCCUGCGUUAAUUUGGAAACCGUACAUUUAUUUGUAGAUAACAUUUAAUGACGCGAUUAACAUUCGUCUGAUGCCGAUCAUCGUAAUAUAGCCGCAUAAAAUAAUGAAACGAAGCCUAAAUGUAAACUUUCCGAAUUCAUUCAAUAAACAGUGAUAUUAUGUGUGAAUGAUUAUCACAAUUCUGCGUCCUCCCAGUCACGAAAUAUACUGCUGCAGAGCCUCUGAAUAAAAAGUACCAUUUUUUGUGUUGUUUUUCGAAAUAUACAUCACGUGAUCGUUGUCAUGACAACGAAAAGUACGUCAACUUUUAGAAUCUCCUUUGAUAAAUCAUAUAAAACUUGAAUGGUAAUAAUCAAGGCCAUACUUAUUUUUUUAUGAUUUUUUGUUUAUUUUCGCUAAAUACACAAACUGAGACCCAGGCAUUAAUAUACCUGAGUACCCUAUCUGUUUGAUAGGGUGACCCUAGCGUGCAUGUAAACGCAACCUAUAAAACACAUUAGACGAAGGUAACCCGUCUGCUUGAGUAACCCUUGUGCUAAGGUCACCCUACUUCCAAGUGAACAGGCCCUUAGUGUUUCCAAUACUAUUGUAGAGUCAUGGACAAACUACAAAAGGAAAGAGUGAAUCUGAGGUUGAGCCAUUUGUAGCUUCUACUGGAACCCUGGUAAACAAUAUUGUAUUUUUUAUUAUAAACUAGCGGGGGGAAACUACAAACAACACGAAAGACUGCUAUAAUCUGGCGAUAUUAUAAUUCCACUAAAGGUCAUUGUAACCCUAUAACCCAUGUUAUUUUAAUAUUUUUGACAUCAAAUUACUGUUUGACAUCUGUUCUUAAUUCACACCCUUAAAUGGGAUGCAAACUUUGCAUGGAUUGUAUAUUUAUUAGCCAAUAGUUGCUGGUACUUGCAACAAAUGUUAAACAAGUUCAUUGACAUUAUAAAGAUUUUUGGACAUUGUGUUCAACAUGUACAUAGCUGGCAGUUAUAUUGUACUUGUUAUUGCAGAUGAAUAAAGACAUUGCACUUGCCAAACUGAUGGAAAUCUUUCCUGAAAGAAAAGAUUUGUCUCUUGUAAUUGAUGAAUGUAGCACUUUGUUGGAUAACCAAGUUGAUCUUGAUCAAGCGAUUGCUACAAUUUGUGAGAUGGAUGAAGGUAUACAUGAGCACUGUGUUCUGGCAAUUUCGGAAAACUAAAUUUCAUUGGGCAAAAUAACUUAAUUGCUUUUUGUUAUAUGGUGUAUAAGGCAUAUAAUAUACAGUACAUACAUGUUCAUGUACGGUACACAGCUUUUGUAGCAUACUUUAAAUAUUGCAAUUAUAAUUUUUUCUCCACGUUUUUUUUUCUGCAUGUUUAACAUCUACACUACAUUAUUAUUCAAUACCAAGCAAUAUACCUACAUCUUAUAAUGUGUGUGGUACUGUAUACGGCUGUGUGAUAUUACUUCUGUAUUAAUUCCAAAGCUAACAAUAUUUUAUCAUGCGGUAUGCAUGUGUAACUUGGAUUUCUAAAUCAUUCUAAUUUUUAGAUUGUCAAAUUAGAACUCUUAUCAGUUCAUUGAAGAUCUACGUUUGGAUGACUACUAUACUGGACCUCCACAACACUUGAGCAUGGAGCACUUGAGCAGUCCAGAGGUAGUGUUUGUCAAUGAAAUUGGUAUUGAUGCUGGUGCACUCACUAAAGAAUACUUUAGUGUUGGAAUGGCUGCAUUGACAAAGGAACCCCUUACUGCUGGAGAUGGUAGUUAUCCCUUAUUUGAAGGCAAAACAGAUCAUAAACUCCCCCACUCCAAACCCAUUCUUACAGCAGUGUGGCAUGUAUGUUGCUGUGGGAAAGUUUAUAGCACACAGCAUUCUUCAUGGUGGCCCAGGUCUUCACGGUUUGUCUCCAGUGCUGAAGGAUUACCUCAUCUCGGGUGAAACAGCAGGAUUAACUCCAGUCCCAGAUGACAUUCCAGAUCCUGAGCUAUCUGCAGUGGUAAUCGAGGUAACCAGUUACAGUAGGAGUAAAAAAUUAGUUUUCGUAACUAUUUGAGCAUCAAAACAGCAUUGGAAAUAGUUUACUUGGAGAACCUCUUUUCACAGAAGUUGGCAAAUUUAGAUUUCUCCUUAAUGAAUUUUGUAUGCAAGCCUUUUACACGUACCUGGAAACUAUGUAACCUUUUAAUAAAAACCUUUUAACUAUUCCUUUAUUUGGGGGCACAAUCCUGCACCCAAUGGUAAAGUAGCCUGAUCAGGGAGCGAGGUAGGUGAAGGUUAUUAAGGAAAGUGCGUCAGUUUGUUAUUGAUAGGUAUGUCUUUAUAUAGUCUUACCAGUAGUUCAUGUCCAUUAAAUUAAAGAAAGUGAAAUAUGCUUUGGCAAUAAUGCUGAUUUUCACUUAACCUGUGACACAAAAUCUUUUAAAUAUAUAUACUAAUUACUCCAUCAUCUUGGACCUCUUGGUCUUAACUGUACAUACAGUAUGGUCCUGUGUUGUGUGUUUUAUUUCUUGUUUCUGUUAUUACUAUGCUAGGUGAUUUUGUUUCUCAUGUUUCCCUGUUCGUAGAUUCAAACCGAAAGUACCAAUUGGACAGAAGAUUCCUCGUCAUGGAAAGACAUUAAUGAUCAGCUUCUACCAUCGCUUUUGGAAGCUGAGUUUCCUUAUCCUCUAACGCUGCGGAAUGUUGGUCUUGCAGCAUGGCAUGUAAUGUGGCACUUCGUAAUUAGUAAAAGGCAGAAACAAAUUAUGGAUAUCCGAGAUGGCAUGGAAACAAUAUCACUUUGUUCAUUUUUGAAAGAACAAGCAGUGUUUUCCAGCAAAAUCUUUCCACAAUCAUGUGAUCUUUCUGUAUCUGCUGAGCAAGUGAUUCGUUCUAUAAAAUGUGCAUCUGAAGAUGUGAAAGAAGCAGAAUCUUUCAAUUUUUUUAUCGACUACAUAAAGCAACUAAAAACUACAGAAGGUAACAUUACUAUACCCAUGUAUGUAUAGUUUAGAUAAUUGUAUAUGUACUGUAUGCGUGUGUGCGUGCAUGUGUGUAUGUAUAUGUAUGUGUGCAUGUGGAGACUCAGAUGUCGUGUAAUUGAUACCGUAUAUGUAUGGUUUUUCCAUUCAGAUACUGACGAACAGUCGCCAUCAACCAUAAACCUCCUCCAGUUUUGGACCGCGGACAACAGCAUAUCGGGUGGAGCGAGACUGGUUGUUGAUUUACUUGCCGAUCAGACCAAAACCCUUCCGGAAAGUGGAGCAUGUUUUCACAAGAUUCGUCUGCCUUCUUGUCACAAUGUUUUCCUGGCUUUUAAAAGAGCAAUGGAUGUUGCCCUAGGGUUUGGGGCAAAAGGAUAUGGUCAAUUCUAA